CGCAGUCGAAGGUGCCAAGUUAGCAAGAGGGAUCUUUCCAGCGGACGAUCAUGCCGGCCAAGCCAGCACCCAUUAAGAAAGGGGCCAAGGUGGUGAAGAAGGAGCCACCACCGAAGCCCGAGCCUAAGCCCGAGCCUAAACCUGAGGCGCCUCCAGCUGAAGCUCCACCUGCCGAGGCCCCUCCAGCUGAAGCACCGCCCGCCGAGGCCCCUGCAGCCGCGGCGCCAGCUCCAGCCGAGGCUCCACCAGCGGAGGUGCCCAAAGACGCUGAUGCUGCCCCUGGCCAGGAAGAUGCUGCACCUGCUGAAGGGGAGGCUCCCGCUGACGCCCCUGCUGCUGAAGCGCCACCAGCUGAGGAGAUCAAAGCUCCUACACCCCCUCCUCCUGCAGAACCCACCAGCGAGCCUCUGGAGGUGACUGUAGAGGAUGUCAAUGAUGUUUCGGUCAGUAUCCAGUGGAGACCUCCUGCUACCAUUGGGAAUGCUGGCUUGGAUGGAUACGUUGUGGAAUGCUGCAAGGAAGGAACUGGUGAUUGGAAAGCAGUUAACGAAGAGCUGACCGUUUCCUGCCGUUAUGUUAUUAAGAACCAGACCACUGGUGACCGUCUCAACAUCAGGGUGGUGGCUGUGAACGCUGGUGGCCGCAGCCCUCCUGCCACUUUAGCCGACGCCGUCCUGGUCAGAGAAGUCGUUGAUCGCCCCAAGAUUCGUCUGCCACGUUUCCUCAGGCAGCGUUAUGUGGUGAAAGUUGGAGAGAAAGUCAACCUUGUCAUCCCCUUCACUGGCAAACCCCAGCCUGUCAUCACCUGGACAAAGGAUGGACAGCCCGUUGACACCAAGAGAGUGAACGUCCGCAACAGUGACAGGGACAGCAUCUUCUUCAUCCGUGCAGCUGAGCGAGCUGACUCUGGUGUCUAUGAGAUGUGUGUUAAAGUGGACAGCUUUGAAGACAAAGCCCAGCUGACUCUGCAGAUUAUUGAACUGCCAGGUCCACCAGCAAGUGUAAAGAUUGUGGAUAGCUGGGGGUUCAAUGUUGCUUUGGAAUGGACUGAGCCGAGGGACAAUGGAAACACAACUAUCACUGGAUACACAGUGCAGAAGGCUGACAAAAAGACUGGCGACUGGUUCACAGUGCUGGAGCAUUAUCACAGGCUGAAUGCCACUAUCUCAGACCUGAUCAUGGGAAAUACAUAUACUUUCAGGAUCUUCUCUGAGAACAAAUGUGGACUCAGCAACGAUGCCACUAUUACAAAGGGCUCUGCCACCAUCCAGAAGACAAGUAUCGAAUAUAAACCACCAGACUACAAGGAACAUAAGUUCAUCGAGGCCCCCAAGUUCACCACCAGCAUGCCAGACCGCAUCACCACUGUGGGCUACACCACCAAGCUACUGUGCUCUGUCAGAGGAUUCCCUAAGCCCAAGAUUCAGUGGAUAAAGAACCAGAUGAUCAUCGGUGAUGACCCCAAGUUCAGGCAGAUAAACAACCAGGGCAUCUGCUCUCUGGAGAUCCGCAAGCCCAGCAACUUUGAUGGCGGUGUGUACAUGUGCAAGGCCAUCAAUGAACAUGGUGAAGCUAUUGUCUCUUGCAAGCUGGAGGUCAAACAAGCUGUGGUUCCUGAUGCUGACAAGAAAUAAGACCCAAAUUAGGAGCAGCGGGAUCACAGUUUGCUUAAAAGGAUUUUGAAGAUGCCGGUUGUUGACGCAAAGAAAAGCAAAAAAAAAAAAAACCAUGAACUGUACAUAUGAAGGAAAUAACCAGAGACAUUUAUCGUUUUUGUCUUAAACUCACAAAUAGAGCACAUCUAUUAUAUAGGCACAUCAUCGACGACCUGUGGUUGAGACAACUGUUUAUUUGUUUCUAUUUAUGUAUGUAUCUUCUGAUACCUGGCACUGUCCUUAUGUUUAAGACUGAUCAAAUUUUUGCCUGUUAAAGGGAUCAUCUGCAGUAAAAGAGAGAAAUUUCAGUAUUUGUUUCAAAAUAAAUUUAUGCCUUCAA